AUGUCAACAAAUGAUAGACUCAAAGAUAAUACAUCACCUUCCAAACCACACUCAAUGUUUUCUAUCAGAAGGGCAUUUGGAGGGGAGUCAGCCUCAAGAAACCAGAACUUACCUAAGACUAACACAUCAGUCUCGCCGUUAAAAUCCACGCCUUCCAUAGAGACAAAAAGCAGAUAUUCAAUUUCCCCAGUCUCUCCAGAAUUUGAAUCCAUUACUGAACUACCAUCACCCAUUGUUGGUGACUUACAGAUGCUCUCUGCGAAAAAAUCUUAUGGUUCACUGUCUAUACGACCUUCAGCUAAUCAGCUCAAUUCAAUAAAUAAUGCAAGAAUUAUAUCUGAAUAUGGAUCAACCAGUUCAAAAGACAGUACAUCCUCAACAACAAGCAAUUUGGAUGCGAGAUUAGCAGAGCUUAAGGACCCACAAAAGAGAAGUGUUUCAACACCAAUGGAAGUUCAACCUAAAGAAAUGGAGAGAGAAAAAAUGCUUGAAACCUCUGUUGAUCCUUCCGAUGUUUUUUAUAAAGGCUAUGAUCAUGAUAAAGAACCCCAUGUCUGGAAACACAUCAGGACUCUUGGGAAAGGUACAUUCAGUGAUGUUGUUUUAGCUCAAGAGUUACACCAUACAAAGCCAGAGUUACAAUUUGUUGCUGUUAAAAUAGUCGAGCUACCGAGUCAAAGAGAUACAAGAGCCAGAGUUGAAAGCUCUUUAAAAAGAGAACUUGAACUUUUGAAACUAGCCAAUCAUCCUUCUAUCAUUAAACUUCUAGCACUGCAUAUAACAUCAUCAAAAUACUACAUGUAUACGCCAUAUUGUGAAGGUGGUGACUUAUUUGAAUUGGCAUCAAAGCAUAGGAAGAUAUUGAGUCCAUAUAUUAUCAAAAAGAUAUUUGCAGAAAUAGCAAGAUCAAUUGCAUACUUACACAAUAAAAAUAUUGUACAUAGAGAUAUCAAAUUGGAGAAUAUUUUGGUCAAUUACAAAGUUGAUAAAUUGUUACAGGUUGUUGAUCAAAACGUUUCCUUGAUAACCGUCACUGAUUUUGGCCUUUCAAGAACGAUUGACCCGGAAAAUCCGUUAUUGACAACCCGUUGUGGGUCUGAAGAUUAUGUUCCCCCAGAAUUGUUGAUUGGGUUACCAUAUGACGGUAGACAAACUGACAGUUGGGCAUUAGGUGUUUUAUUAUAUUCGAUAAUGGAAGGGAGAUUACCAUUCGAUCCACCUCCAAAUAAAUCGAUCAGGGCUCGUUCAAGAGUUGCUCAUAGAAUUGCUAGAAUCGAAUGGUCAUGGAACCAAUUUAGCGACGAAAACAAAGGAUCAACUUGGAAAGAGGAAGAUUGGGAAGGAGCUAAAUACAUUGUCGAAAACUUAUUGGUUCGAAGAGAAAAAAGACUAAGCGCAGCUCAAGUCUGUGAAAUAUCCUGGGUCAAAGAUAUUCCAGAGCUUCAAAAUAAUGAAUACUAA